UUUUGGUUUGAUUUUGCAGAAACAUUUCCCCGUUGCUAUAAAAUGCAUCACAAAAAAGGGUUUGAUAAAAACGCAGAAUUUGCUUGGAAAGGAAAUAAAAAUUCUUAAAGAACUGACAGAGCUACAUCAUGAGAAUGUCGUUGCCUUGUUGGACUGCAAAGAAUCGCAAGACUGUGUCAACUUGGUUAUGGAGUAUUGCAACGGCGGUGAUUUGGCGGACUAUCUCACUGUAAAGGGAACUCUGAGUGAGGACACUGUCAGACUCUUUCUCAUACAAUUAGCCGGUGCCAUGAAAGCGCUUUACACUAAAGGAAUUGUGCAUCGUGAUCUUAAACCACAAAAUAUUUUGUUGUCGCACAAUUAUGGCAAAACUUUGCCUGCGCCAUCGAAAAUCACAUUGAAAAUAGCGGAUUUUGGUUUUGCACGCUUCCUAAAUGAGGGUGUUAUGGCGGCUACACUUUGCGGUUCACCCAUGUACAUGGCUCCUGAGGUUAUAAUGUCUUUACAAUACGAUGCAAAAGCUGAUCUCUGGUCUUUGGGUACCAUCGUGUAUCAAUGUCUGACUGGCAAAGCACCAUUCUUUGCACAAACUCCAAAUGAAUUGAAGGGAUAUUACGAAAAGAAUGCCAAUUUGGCGCCAAAAAUACCCAGCGGGGUCUCACCGGAUUUACGUGACUUGCUGUUAUGUUUGCUGCGGCGCAAUGCAAAGGACAGAAUUUCGUUUGAGAGUUUUUUCAGUCAUCGUUUCUUACAGGGUAAAAAAAUCACCACUUCUGUUUCUCCUACCGAUGUUCCCCCACAAUUAAGUUUGGCAACCACUCCGCCAACAAAAACGAAAAGUCCUCUUCAGCAACUUCAACAACUGCAGCAGCUUUGCGAAGCUGACGUUGAGGCUGCUGCAGCACAACAAGACGAUAAUACAGUUUCCGUUGUAGAGAAUCCGGCUAUUUGCGCUACCAUCACGAACGUAGGCGUGCUUUGCGACAGCGAGAAUAAUAGCGCUUCAUCUGGUUCCCCAGAAGACUCAGAUGACUUUGUUCUGGUGCCUAAGAAUCUCCCAGAAGAUCAAACUGUCAUCGAAUAUGAGAAAAAGCAUUCAGCCGCAUGCCAAGCUGCACAAACGACUAAUCAUUCAAGUCCACCACGCCCAAGCAGUCUACCAAUCUCAGAACCAAAGCCGGUUCCUGCACCAGCUCGUCGGUUCUCGACAAAUACAGUUGAUCCUGUGGCUGGAACGAAUGCAUCUCCAGCUGUUGUGGCAUCGUCACCAAAGCAAACGGUUGUCGGCAUGAGCGGGCAACAGUUUCCUCGGUCACAGCCAAUCAGCGUCAAACAACGUGCUGAACAUCGCAAGACUAGUGUCAGCAGCGAUAUUAAUUCCAUUUCGCCGCCAGCAGUGCAGUUUGCCAUUGGCACUCCGCCUGCCCGUCGGCGUUCAGCUUCCGGUAGCUCAUUGUCGGAGACGCCACCACCAAGUGCACCUUGUACUUGGCAAGUAAGCCCUGGUACACAAACACAGUCUCCUCUGCGGCGUUCAGGCCACAGUUCGCCAGUUCUUCCGUCUACAUUAGCUAAAUUGCCUACUUUGGGUAGUCCCACACUUAUUGUGGGUCCCGGUUCGGUCGGUUCACUGGGUUCCGGGUCUGGUGGAUCAGAAAAUAACAAUCAGCAUCACGUGUUGGGUCCGCGUGCAUUUACAUUACCGGAGCUAGGUGCUACGGGAGGCUUGCAAAGUUUGCUGGAUACAGCUAGCAGUCGGGCCACCGGCGUAGAAGGGCAUCAACUUCAUACUUUCCAUGCACCUGAACUGUCGGAGGAGACACUCAUGGACCGCGAGCAUAAUGAAACACUUUCCAAAUUGAAUUUUGUUUUGGCACUUACCGACUGCAUACAAGAGGUUGCGGAUUCCCGUUGUGCACCUCUUUCAGCGCUCAUGGCUGUGGGUGCAACCUCCUCUGACCAGCAGUCCAUACCGCCACAUGCGCCUGAACAUUGUAAACGAGCUGAGCGGCUAGUGUUGUUGGUGCGUGCUUUGCAUCUCCUUUCGAGUGGAUUGAAUUUGGCUUCCCAACAAUUACGUAGUGGAAAUCUUAAACCCUCAUCAAACGUCAAGAAUGCUUUGCUUACAAUGAACUCCAAAUAUCGAUCAAUUUUAUUCGAAUCAAAAAAAUUAAAUGUUUCUGGUUUGUUGCAAAAAGCAAAUGCAUUCAACAUUACAGCUGACAAAAUUCUCUAUGACUAUGCUUUGGAUAUGUGUCAAGCGGCCGCCUUGGACGAGUUGCUAAGUAAUACAAAAAAUUGCUUUGAACGCUACAAUACGGCGCACAUACUGCUGCAUUCAUUGGUACAGAAAUGCAACCAUCCACAGGACAAGAUGUUACUGAAUAAAUAUCGUGACGCAGUGGAGAAGCGUUUAAAUAUUUUGCAGCAGCAAGGGUACAUAUAUGUCACCGAUGAAAACUCUUAAGGUUCCGAAUUCAGAGUUUACUCUUCAUUUUCGAACUUUUAUAUUUUGGUCAUGAAUUUGAAAAUUUCUGACCAC